AUGGCGGCAGAGCAACCUCAGCAGCAGAACUCUGAGCCUCUGGGAAAUGACUCUGAAGAAGUUAACGGUUUGGCCUAUGAUGGAGCCAUCAUGGCCCAGGAGGAUCAAAUUCAGCAAGAGAUCGCUCUCCAGAAUCCAUUGGUAUCCGAGCGCCUGGAGUUGUCUGUGCUUUACAAGGAGUACGUGGGAGAUGACAACAUCUACCAGGAGAAGAUCAAGGACCUACACAAAAAAUAUACCUACAUCCGAAAGACUAGGCCUGAUGGCAACUGCUUCUACCGAGCCUUCGGGUUCUCCUACCUGGAGGCCCUUCUGGAAGACAGCAAGGAGUUGCAGAGGUUCAAAGCCAUCUCUGCCAAGAGCAAAGAGGACCUAGUGUCUCAGGGCUUCAUUGAAUUCGCCAUUGAAGAUUUCCACAACACUCUCAUGGACCUGAUCGAGCAGGUUGAAAAGCAAACAUCAGUGGACGAACUCUUGACCGCCUUCAAUGACCAAAACAUCUCAGACUACCUGGUAGCAUAUCUUCGGCUGCUCACCUCGGGCUACCUGCAACGCGAAAGCGAGUUCUUCGAGUUCUUCAUAGAGGGGGGACGAACAGUCAAGGAGUUUUGUCAGCAGGAGGUGGAGCCCAUGUCCAAGGAGAGUGAUCACAUCCACAUCAUCGCGCUAGCGCAGGCCCUCAGCAUCUCCAUCCAGGUGGAGUACAUGGACCGUGCGGAGGGUCGCUCCACCAACUCCCACGUCUUCCCAGAGGGCUCCGAGCCCAAGGUGUAUCUACUGUACAGACCUGGACAUUACGACAUCCUUUACAAAUAG